CAUAUUUUGACCGGCACCGUUUUUUUUUUACGUGGGAGAUAAGGGGGCCCUUAACGAGACUUAGUAUAUCUCAUGACUGGAGCUUUUCUGUGCUGCCCUUGACAGACCCUGAUACGCUAUAAGGGAAGUAAGGGAGUUGGAGCCAUUAUUGGGAAAAGCUGUAUCUGUAAUACCGUUUUAUUUGAGAAGUGUAUACACCGGUACCGAGACAUACUUACUAGACGAGCUUGGAAGGUCAGCCUUGGUCAGCCUUGAAUUGCUGUUGGUAUGUUGUUUGCAGAUGUGGGUGUGGGUUCUACUCAGGUAUAUCCGCCCAGCUCAAGAAUCCCCCUAAUCUCAGCAGAUCCUGGCUUUACAAACACUAUAUACAUAAUACAGCUGAAGCGAUGGUGGCCCUAUUGACUUCUUUACGGUCGACAUUUUACGGCUUACUUGCCUCUACAGGAUUGUACGCGCUAUUCAUUGGUCUACUCACCAUUCCGGUGUUACAGGAUCAGGUCAUUUAUCUCAACCGCGUAACUCUGACCUGGUUUCAAGACGUUAAUAUACCAGAGCAAUGGGGCUUUCUUCGGAAUCAAGUUUCACCCUUUUUUCUGAAGACUCCUGACGGAGAGUCGCUUCAUGCUUGGCACAUUCUACCGCUCGGAUUGUACCAGCAACAUCAGACGGCCUUAACCGACGAACCUCAUGGAUUGGCGUCGGAUAUCAAGGAGAGGAUUAGCUUCAAGCUGCUUCGCGAUGAUCCCUCCUCUCUUCUGGUGCUGUACUUCCACGGCGCUGCGGGAACCCUAGGGUCGGGUUGGAGACCGCCGAGCUACCGGGCCAUGUCAGCCGGUGCACCAUACCGUAUACAUACAUUGGCCAUAGACUAUCGCGGCUUCGGAGCCAGCAGCGGCAGUCCUUCGGAGGAAGGCCUGCUGACUGAUGCUAUCACGCUUGCUGAGUGGGCGAUGAAAGAAGCCGGGAUCCCACCUUCACGUAUCGUGAUAUUCGCACAAUCCCUGGGCACAGCUGUCUCGCUAUCGCUUAUUCAUCACAUGGCCACACGACCAGAGCCAGUCCUGUUCUCUGGCGUCGUCUUAGUGGCCCCGUUUGCCGACGUUGAGUCCUUGACAGCCACGUACCGCAUAGCGGGAACGAUACCACUCCUUGACCCCGUUGCUAGGUUUCCUCGUCUUCUAUGCUGGCUCAAUACGUUUAUCAAAACCAAAUGGCCAAGUAAGAGCAAGCUGGCGGAUUUCAUCCGGCGAUGCGAGGAUAUGGAUCAAGGAUUCUCUGGGUACGAUAUUACCAUGAUUCACGCCGAGGACGACUACAAUAUUCCAUGGUCGCAUAGCGAACAGCUUUUCUGGCAUGCUGUCAAUGCGUCAAUGCCACGAGGAAUUACUUUCGAAGACUUGGAAGAGGAGAAGAUUGCCUCCAGAGUGAACAAUAACGCUGGAGGCUGGGCGGUUGAACGAAGGACGAGCAGGGGCGUCAUUCGAGAGGAGAUCAUGAAAUAUGGCCUUCAUGAUAGGAUAAUGUCGUAUCCAGUGGUCAGCUUAGCUGUGAUGCGGGCGUUUCACACUUUACGGUAGAUGAUAGAUGGACUCUGUGUUAGAGGAAUGUUGACAACUAGCAAUGUCAAGCAUAGAUGGGCAUAAACUUAAUACAUGUAGAUAUAGAAUUAGCACUCAACGUCUGCGGUCGAAUAAUAUUCUGAGAUAAAGCGAUUUAUGC